AUGGGCUGUGGCGCUUCGCACAAGUAUGCGGCGCCAGAAAGCUGCGUAGACCUGACUGAGCAGGAAGAGGUCCAUGUUCUCCAACGUCCAUGCCAGGCGGAGCCGACCAAAGAGCCGGCUACGUCGCCGAGGCCAGCGCUCGCAGCACACAAAGAGGAGGUGCUGAAAGUCUUGGACCAUGCACGAAACCACAACCUUCGGCAUCUCCCCAGCCGCGUCCGGCGAGCGCUUGCUGAGACGGCGGUGGUGUACGAGCUGCAGCCUGGGGAGAUCCUGGAGGGACAGGUCUGGUUUGAGGGCCAGUGCCUAGUGUUGUCUGGCCAGGCCUCGGUGCUGCUGUCCCAGGAGACGGAGGCUGGCAAGACCGAGGUUGCAGUCCUCAAGCGUGGAGAUUCCUUCGGAUGGCAGCGGCACCAGGGCGAGAUGACUGAAGAGGAGCUGGACAAGCAGGAGACGUGGGCGAUAUGCCAGCCGCAGAUAGUCGUCACCGGAGGUGCCAACCUGAAGUAUUGCCGACUCAUUGAGGUGGUAGAAGACAUCCGAGGCGGCAGCAAGGCUGCUGCGAAGGCUGCGCUGAAGACCAAGGAGGAUGAGGCAGCGCAUCAUACAGGCCACAGAGAUGGCGGUGCGGCCCUCUUGCCUGCCGUGUCGUUUAGCGCUUUGGGACAGCUGUGGCUGACCGCCUCCCCGCCUCCGAAGGGUAUCGCUGCGAUGCCCCCAUCGGCAGGAGCGCUGCCACGGGCUCAUUUCCAGGCGGCGCUGUGGCAGCCGCUGCGGGACCGCCUGGAGCAGCUGACUGAGGAGAUCCGGCGCCGGCAGCGCGCCAAGUACCGGAUCCACGAUUGCUUCCCUCUGCAGGGCCAUCAGAUUGUGGUGGUGAAGCACCACAUCAUUCAUCUCACAGAGCUGUGGUACGGCUCUGAGCGAGGAGGCAACCUCAGCAUUUUCUACGCUUGGUUUAUGGAGGCGAUGCAGGUGUUGGGCGUCACGGCGUACAACUACUCAGACCUGCCGGUAGAGACGAGCCCCGACGGAUGGGCCACCGUGGUGGACGGCGAUGCGCGUCGCAAGGCCCUGGUAGGCCGCAGCGGCACUGAUUCUGCCUACGUGGCCACAGGGGGUGUGGCCCAGAAACAGGGGCGAUCUGCCAUUGACAACACGGUGCUCCGAAACGUGUUCUUCCCAUGGGAGGCGAGGGAGCUGUUGGUGGGGCGAUUGCUCCGGAAGUUCCUCUCCCGGCUGCUUUCGCUGCGCCAGCGCUGCCUGCUGCGCAAAUUGUCGCAGCGUUUGGGCCUCGACAUCUUGCGCCUGGCCCACGACUCCCGGAGCCACCACACAGUGCGCUGCGUGCUGGCGGCUAUCCCGGAGGAGGAGUUCAAGGCCCUGGGCUUCAACCCCUCGGACCGGCUGCUGCAGCUGCUGCGCCGCAGCGGCGCGGAGGUGGCGGGCUUCGGGCAGCUGGACGAGGCCAUGCAGAGGAGCGUGUGGGAGGCCGCGAAAACGCUGCUGAAGGAAAGGGCGCCCCCCUUAGCGGUGCAGCCACCGGAGGGCUCGCCGCCCGACAUCUUCGCCAGGUUCGUGAUCUGGAGCCGGGACUACCCCGGCGAGUUCUUUGAGCAUGACAAGCCCCAGCAUGUGACGGUCUUCAUUGCUGGCAUGUUCUCGAGACGAAUUGUGGUGGUCAAGCGCUCGUGCAUGGAGCGCAUGACCCUGGCGCGGUACUUCCCGCUGACCUGGAAGCGGCAGCAGCCCCUCUGGGGCAGCGCGUCCACCGGCCGAUUCCAGGUGCGCCCCGCUGGCGUCAAGGAAGCCUCCCACGUGAGGGCCAACGAGUGCCCCUAUGCCGCGCUGCAUGGCAUGGCGCUCUCUGCGGGCGGCUUCGCAUCCGACCAGCGCUGCAACCCCGACCGCAAGUCGGUGGGCUACACGUUGCUCAUGGAGCUGCAGUGGAUCAGAGACCCACAGGCGAAUAUCGAGAACUGGUACAUCACGGAUAUCGAGAAGAUUGUCCAGGAAGCCUGGCAGCUGAACCCGCACGGUGCACAUGUGCUGCCGGGUGAGUCCUUCGUGGCGGUCGGCCAGAACCCCAAGGUGGGAAGCUCCAUCCGUCAGACGCAGCACACGCAGCUGGCCCGAGGUACUUGGAAGAAGUAUCCCAUCCUGCAAGUGCCCGCAUCCCGCAUCUUUGCGACUGAGGACAUCAUGGUGCCCCAGGCGGACACUGAGUUCAUCCGACUGAGCGAUUCCUUGGGGACGCAUGCCAUGCUGGAGAUCGUGGAUAUUGGUCCAGAGGGCUGCGAGCUGGACAGCUGCGGCCUGCUGCUGCGCUGCCGCAGCCGCGAGCCCACGGCGGGGUCCCUGCUGCGGUUCCUCACGCGCCUACGGCUGCGGCUCUUGGAGAAGCUGGGGGGCCCCGAAGCCAUCGACUUUCUUGUGCUCUGCUUGAGCGACGAAGAAGGCUCCUUUGUGGUGAUUUUCGCGCCCAUCCCGCAGCUGGUGCAGGUCCAGGAGGGGCAUGCCGACUUGGUGCCCUGGGCCAACCCCCUCACAGGCGAAUCCUCUGAUGUGGUGGGCAUCGAGGAAAGCCGCCUGGACUUUGGCAAGGGCGUUGGCCAUUUUCUGGUUCUGAAGGAUUCACUGCGACAACAGCUGCAGCAGGGUGAGGAUACGUGUCGCCGAAUUUGGGCCUUCAAUCGGGUCCCUGGGGCCCGCGGGGUGAUCAGCGAGUUCAUGACGGAGUACUUGGAGAGAGGCGGCACUUAG